GCAUGUUCCUAUGGGUUGCUGCCUUCCCUGUGCAGGGCAGCCGGGGCCACUAUGUCAUUGUUACCCCCCCUCGCUGAGGCAGAGCAGCGGCUGCAAGGCGCAUGCGCACUACGGGAACGCGUGCUCAUCAACUGCCUUUCCCUUAACGGCUAGAGCCACCUCGUUUCUCUUUCCUCACGAUUUAAAUAUGCUAAUGAAGGGUCGUAAGAAGUCCUAUGGCGGGGCAGGGAGGCGGUCACGUGGCAUGGGGACGUGCCUGUCGGGGGCGGCUCCCGACCUGCCCAGGCUGCCUUAAAAGCGGGCUGCGAGCGAGGAAGCGCCUCAGUCAGAGAGAGAAAGUGCCGGGGUGGGUGGUUCGCGGCUGUUCCGCCUGAAACUUCUGAGUAACAUCAACAGGGGGCCAGCGGCGGCAGCCGUGCAGCCCUGUCCGCCUUCUUCUCAUAAACCAGCCCGUGCAGGGCUUGAGCGGGCCCCUCACACAAAGGCGAGCAGGGCAGCUCCCUGGAGGGGGUGGCGGGGAGGCGCACCUCCCCGUGCAGCGCACUCACAGCUCCUACUGCCCGCCCGUCCCCCGUGUCUGCCCCCCGCCCCUGUCCAUGUAGCCGCCGGCCCCGCUGCUGCUCCGCACUAUGCCCAUCUUACUCUUCCUGAUAGACACGUCCGCCUCCAUGAACCAGCGCACCCAUCUGGGCACCACCUAUCUGGACAUAGCCAAAGGCGCUGUAGAGACUUUCAUGAAGCUCCGCGCCCGGGACCCCGCCAGCAGAGGAGACAGGUACAUGCUGGUCACUUUCGAGGAGCCUCCCCACGCGAUCAAGGCUGGCUGGAAAGAAAAUCAUGCAACCUUUAUGAAUGAAUUGAAAAACCUUCAAGCUGAAGGACUUACGACUCUUGGCCAGUCUCUAAGGACAGCUUUUGAUUUAUUAAACUUAAAUAGAUUAGUAACUGGCAUAGACAACUAUGGGCAGGGAAGAAACCCUUUUUUUCUGGAGCCAGCAAUAAUUAUAACAGUUACUGAUGGGAGUAAAUUAACUACCACGAGUGGGAUACAGGAUGAGCUCCAUUUACCUCUCAAUUCUCCUUUACCUGGAAGUGAAUUGACUAAGGAACCUUUUCGCUGGGAUCAGAGACUAUUUGCUUUAGUUCUGCGUUUGCCUGGCAUCACAACUCCAGAAUCAGAGCAGAUAGCAGGUGUGCCCGUUGAUGACUCAGCAAUUACACCUAUGUGUGAAGUCACAGGAGGUCGCUCGUAUUGUGUCUGUUCUCCAAGAAUGCUGAAUCAGUGUCUUGAGUCAUUGGUUCAAAAAGUGCAAAGUGGAGUAGUAAUAAACUUUGAAAAAUCUGGACCAGAUCCUUCACCAAUUGAAGAUGGACAAAUGGAUAUAGCUAGGUCUUUUGGACCCCAUCCUUGGCACAACUGUCACAAACUUAUCUAUGUCAGACCAAACCCUAAAACUGGAGUUCCCAUAGGACACUGGCCUGUUCCAGAAUCCUUUUGGCCAGAUCAAAAUUCUCCAACAUUGCCACCUCGCACAUCUCACCCUGUAGUGAAGUUCUCCUGCACUGACUGUGAACCAAUGGUCAUUGACAAACUACCUUUUGAUAAAUAUGAGUUAGAACCUUCACCGCUGACCCAGUUUAUUCUGGAAAGGAAAUCUCCUCAGACCUGCUGGCAGGUGUAUGUGAGCAAUAGUGCAAAAUAUAGUGAACUUGGCCAUCCUUUUGGUUACUUGAAAGCCAGUACAGCACUGAAUUGUGUGAACCUGUUUGUGAUGCCUUACAAUUAUCCAGUCCUCCUUCCGCUCUUAGAUGACUUAUUCAAAGUACACAAGGCAAAGCCAACUUUAAAAUGGCGGCAGUCAUUUGAAAGCUAUUUGAAGACAAUGCCUCCUUACUAUCUAGGGCCUUUGAAGAAAGCUGUGAGAAUGAUGGGAGCGCCUAACCUUAUAGCAGAUGGUGUGGAAUAUGGACUUAGUUACAGUGUCAUUGCAUACCUCAAAAAGUUGAGUCAACAGGCCAAAAUAGAGUCCGAUAGAGUCAUUGGCUCUGUAGGCAAAAAGGUAGCGCAAGAGACUGGAAUUAAGGUCAGAAGCAGAUCACACAACCUGUCUAUGGCACAUAGGAACGAUUUUCAACAACUGCUACAGGGGAUUACUGGGGAAAUUCCUCAUAGACUUCUAGACCUCAAUAUGAAGGAGUAUGCUGGGUUCCAAAUAGCUUUGCUGAAUAAGGAAUUGAAACCUCAGACCUUUAGAAAUGCUUAUGAUAUACCCAGAAGGAAUCUUUUGGAUCACUUAACAAGAAUGAGGUCUAAUCUUAUGAAGAUAACUCGCAAGUUUCUCAAAGGACAAGAUGAAGAUCAAGUUCACAGUGUACCGAUAGCACAAAUGGGAAAUUAUCAGGAGUACCUAAAACAGAUACCAUCUCCUCUUCGAGAGCUUGACCCUGAUCAACCCCGAAGGCUGCAUACAUUUGGUAAUCCAUUUAAAUUGGACAAGAAGGGAAUGAUGAUAGAUGAGGCAGAUGAAUUUGUAUCAGGGCCUCAAAAUAAACACAAACGACCCGGAGAACCAAAUAUGCAGGGGAUUCCUAAAAGACGUCGGUGUAUGUCACCCCUUCUCCGAGGCCGGCCACAGACUCCUCCUGUCAUGAACAAUCACAUUGGAGGAAAAGGGCCACCUACACCUGUAACACAAGCACAGCCAGAUCUUGUUAAACCUAUUCCUAUUCACAAAACUUCAGAAACCAAUAACGAGAUUGCAGCGGAUGAUGUGAUUGAGAAUCAUGUUGCAGACCCACUUUCAUCAGAUGUUUUUCCAAAUACUAUGGAUUCUGACUUUUCAGUGUCCUCUUAUCCAUUCAAUUCACUGGAUGGACCAACAACUCCUUCAGAGGAUCUAGACCAUGAACAUUUAGGAACUAAUAACCUUAACAUCGAUGAAUUUAUGAAAAAUGAAGAGUCGGGUGGUAAAGAUCGCAGUACUCAAGAAAACUUGCCAGCAUCUUCACCCAACAAAGGAAAAAAAGUGAUACAUUCCAGAAGUGCAAGAGAGGUUAAUAUAGAACUAAAAGCACAAAUUAUGAAGGAGAUUAGAAAGCCAGGAAGAACGGAUUGUUUGAACUGUGGUAAGAAUGGGAAACUGGAGAGGUGUCUGCCUGCACCACUUUUUAUGCUCUCUGUUCAGAGCAGGAGGAGAGCUAUGGCACAUGUGCAGGCCAAUGGACGCUGUUCGCAAAAAAAUUCCGGACUCAGGCAUGUGUAUCCUACAUGUGGAAUGCAGAUAGGGACUACACAUUUUGAAGAACCUUCAGUUACAGAAUAUGAAAGAAUCUUCUUUUUACUGAAGCAUGUACAAGGCAGUUUACAAACACGACUGAUAUUUUUACAGAACGUUAUUAAAGAAGCCUCAAGAGCCCUGAACAGCCUGUCUCCGGUGAGGAUGCCACGGCCAGCUGCCCACCAAGGUGUACAGAGCCCCUGACUGCAGGUUUAAAAAACGAAUGCUGAUAGAACAGCUUGAGGGUUUUCUGGAAGAAAUCCAUCGCAGAGCCAACCAAGUCAACCAUAUCAACAGCAGCUAAGAGAUGUUUUACACAUAGAAAAGCCACAGUAGGACACGGCUGUAUUACCUGCAUUCAUUUUUGACAUGCACUCUUGGCUCAAAUCCCCUAUCUGAAAGACUAAAAGCUGCUCUCUAGUAUGAUGGAAAAAGUAUACGUCAUCUUUUUCUUCAUUUCUGUUAUUUUUGUAAUGUGAAAAAUAUCACUAAAAGCAUUUUUAUUUAACAAACUAAAAAUAGAGGAUUUCUUGCUUGUCAUUGACUUAAAUGUCACUUUCCCUCAGGUUCUAUUUUCUUAACCCAACCUUCAAAACUAUCAUCUCUGUUAAGGUUGAACUUUGCCAAAAAAAAAAAGAAAAAAAAAAAAAAAAGUUGCUUUGUAAUUUUCAAAAAAA